UCUGGCUGUGAGGUGUGCUGUAUACUGUAUACUGAAGUAGAGGAGAUUCUUAUUGUCCUCGGCAACAAAUCCCUCGGCAAAAACAACGCUAGCGCAAUCCCGCCGCCAGCCGCCCUUUGGUCCGACCGCCGAAUAGCCUCAUCUUUACUUGAUUCGGACAACACUAGCUCAACCCAUUCGAGUCUUCCGGCGGGCGGGUCCUUGCUCUGUGUAUUUUUCUCUCCCUCUCAACUCUCCGCUGUCUUUCACAAAUCCCAACAAACAUCCUUGGACACUUGCUCCCCUCCAAUCUCACCUGCUCUGCGCUCUCUGCCCUCAACCCGCAAUUGUGCAAUUGAUCUAUAUCUCCGAAUACACAUACGAAACAAUGGUAUUGGCCAGCAGGGCAACAAGACAGGUGCUGAAGGCGUCUCAGAAUGCCUCUCGGUCAUUUGCCUCCACAUCUCGGUACUACUCCACCGCAGAAUCUGACCUCAAGACUGCUUUCCAAAAUGCUAUUCCGGCAAAGAAGGAGCUGCUCCAGGAGGUCAAGAAGCGUGGUGAAGACGUCAUUGGCGAUGUGACCAUUGCUAGCGCCAUUGGAGGCAUGAGAGGCCUGAAGGCCAUGGUUUGGGAGGGCUCUGUGCUGGACGCCAACGAGGGCAUCCGCUUCCACGGCAAGACCAUCAAGGACUGCCAGAAGGAACUGCCAAAGGGCACUUCCGGAACUGAGAUGCUCCCCGAAGCGAUGUUCUGGCUCCUCCUUACCGGCCAAGUCCCAACCACCCCCCAAGUCCGGGCUUUCUCCCGCGAAUUGGCAGAGAAAUCACAUCUCCCCCAGCACAUUCUGGACCUUAUCAAGUCCUUCUCCAAGGAUAUGCACCCAAUGACCCAGUUGUCCAUCGCAGUUGCGGCCUUGAACACCGAGUCCAAGUUUGCCAAGGCCUACGCUGGAGGCCUCAACAAGGCUAGCUACUGGGAGCCUACCUUUGAUGACAGCAUUGCCCUCCUCGCCAAGAUCCCCCGUCUCGCCGCAUUGGUCUUCCGCCCCAAUGAGAUCGAGAAGGUCGGCAAACAGGAGCUCGACCCUGCUCAGGACUGGGCAUACAACUUUGCUGAGCUCCUCGGAAAGGGCGGCAAGGCCAACGAGAGCUUCCACGAUCUGCUCAGACUCUACCUCGCCCUUCACGGUGACCACGAGGGUGGAAACGUUUCCGCCCACGCCACUCACCUUGUUGGAAGCGCCCUGAGCGACCCCUUCCUCAGCUACAGCGCUGGCCUCCUCGGCCUCGCUGGUCCUCUCCACGGCCUUGCUGCCCAGGAGGUGCUCCGCUGGAUCCUGAAGAUGCAAGCUGCGAUCGGCAACAAGUUCACCGAUGCAGACGUCAAGGACUACCUCUGGUCCACACUUAAGUCCGGCCAGGUCGUUCCAGGCUACGGACACGGUGUCCUGCGGAAGCCAGACCCUCGCUUCGAAGCUCUGAUGGACUUCGCCAGCACCAGACCCGACAUCAUGGCCAACCCGGUCUUCCAGCUCGUCAAGAAGAACUCCGAAAUCGCCCCCGGUGUCCUGACUGAGCACGGAAAGACCAAGAACCCCCAUCCCAACGUAGACGCUGCGUCUGGUGUUCUGUUCCACCACUACGGUUUCCAGGAACCCCUCUACUACACCGUCACCUUCGGUGUCAGCCGCGCCCUCGGCCCACUCGCCCAGCUCAUCUGGAGCCGCGCUCUGGGUCUGCCCAUCGAGCGCCCCAAGAGUAUCAACCUCCAGGGCCUUCUCAACCUGUCCAAGAAAUAAAUUUUGUACCAUUGCAUUUUAGACGGUGAGAAAAUGGGAGGUUUGGUAUAACUGUUGAAAGUCACACUGGUGGGCUUAGGGAAGAUGGUAGAGGGGGGGGGGGAAAUUGCCGAGCUAGGUAAAUGUGUAUUAGCUAUGCGUUUGUAUGUAUGGUAACUAUGUAUAUAUGCAUGUAUCUACGUGUCCAUUGAAUGUCAUUAGAAAAGCCCAGAUAUCCAAAAAAAAGUUGCAUGUUAUAUCUAAUUUUUGUGAUAUCUUUUCAUGGCUUCCGUUGCUCACGAUUCAUAUCUAUCUCUUUAUGUAUCCGUCAAUAUAACAAAGAAAAUGGUUAUCACUGGCAUUAAAAAUCAUUUCUUCUAAAAAACUUUCAGGAGGCUGGCUACUUUCCGCCAUUCAUUAAAUUACAUAUUCUUACCCUAAAGACCCAAUACCAAUGAUUAUACAGGAAAUAUACAUGAUUUCGGCUCUUCCACAUCGCCGCCUGAGAAACAACAGGAGAGCCCGCU